AUGAGCCGUGCAAUUACCCGCAAUCCACACGUCGAGUUACUCCCCCUGAUAAAUGAACCGGGUUAUGAAAGAGUCAUGGUAGACUUACUACCCGAACAGAUAGGCAAAAUGAUUCCAUUUCCGUCUCUACUGAACUCCGAUGUUGAAAGAUUGCUCAAUGCGCUACUCUUGGAACACGGACACCCAGAAACCGCUGCUUAUUGCGAAUCUAAACAGGGAGGAAAUAACAACUUGGUGGUUUUCGAUUGCCAAGCAACUCCAUUUUAUGUCCACCUCAAGUACUGCAUACGGACUCCGCGAUAUAUUUCUUUUGCCCAGAAACGCCAAUAUCCAACUUAUCAGCCAGUCAAGACCCUUGUUGCAUUGACACAUCAAUUCGGAGUCCAUGGACUCGGUUUACCCAUCCCUAAUAUCCUUCUUCAUAACUCCGGUUUUGAUAACGCUAUUUCUUGUCCAUAUGUGGUCAUGCAGAUGAUAUCUGGGACCACACUACAAAAACUGUAUCAAACCAUACAACGAUCACCAAAUUUCUUCCCCGUUGUAUUGCAGCACUGUCAACUUGCGCGCGAAAUAGCACAUUUCAUUGCUAAGAAGGAAAGAGUUAAAUUUCCAGGCUUUGGUGUUGUUAAAAAUGCAACAGAUACAGAAAUCUGGAACAGAGAAGACCCAAAUGUUCACUAUGACCUUGCCGUGGAUGAGUUUAACAUAGCGGGUGGGACAAUUUCAAAAUUCGACUUUCGCAGCUUUAUUUGUGAUUUGGCGGUCAAAGAAAUGUUUAGAUUUAAAAAAUUACAGGCACUGGGGCAGAGAUAUCAAGGCAUAAAGCUCCCAUGUGUAUGGCAAGCAAUGGCUGUGAGGAAUAUGCUCGGUGAUGAAGACUCGACACUUUGGCAUCCAGAUUUUCAUCCAAGAAAUAUCUUGAUUGUACGACAUGGGAGUGAUGUUCGUCUGUCAGGUGUUAUCGAUUGGGACAAUGCUUUGGCUCUACCGCGUAUCAUGACAAGAGAGCCUCCUUCUUUUCUCUGGAAUCAGCCAGGCGUUCUUACACAGCCAGAGGCUGAUACGGUCAAACAAGCAUUCGAUGAGACUAUAGAGCACUUGGUUCCUGGCUAUACAGAAGAUGCAUACUCAAGAUCUCGAGUUCUCAUUCGAGCAAUGGGCAUGUAUUCACUAUAUGGCCCCCAAUGGAAGCAUUAUGGGGAGAUCUCUUUUGACGAAUUCCUACUGGAAUGUGAAAGUCAUUUUGGAUCAGACUUGCGAUUCCCCAAUAUGUGA